AUGAGCCUUACCCCAAACGGCUCUAAGCCGCAUGAGAUGGAAGAUAUCUCAUCUCGUUCUACGGUUAUUGUUGGCUGCCGUAAGUCGGAACUCGCACUCACUCAAGCUCGAUCCAUCAUAUCCGCACUGAGCCAAACAAUCGACCCCUCCCCGACCUUUGAAAUCGCCACAGCCAGUGUCGCUGGUGAUGCAGAUAAGCAGACCCCCUUUGCACUCCUCUCUAAGCAGACCGGUGGAUCAGACAUUGGCAAAAGCCUGUGGACAAAUGGCCUUGAAAAGGAUUUGGUGGCUGGCAAGGUCCAAGUUCUUAUCCAUUGUUUAAAGGACAUGCCGACGACGCUGCCACCGAAAUGUCUUCUUGCAGCUGUGCCUGAACGUGAGGAUUGUUCCGAUGCCGUCGUAAUGAGAUCCGACUCGGAUUUCACAUCCAUCGAUCAGUUACCACCUGGCUCGAUAGUUGGAUCCAGCUCUUCAAGAAGAAGAGCUCUAGUUCGGCGAAAUUGGCCUCAUUUAGAGGUAGCAGAAUGUCGUGGCAACUUAGAUACUCGCCUGGCUAAGCUUGAUGCACCUUCUUCGCCCUUUUCAUGUAUUCUCUUGGCAACCGCGGGACUAUUACGCCUAGGACUCGGUCAUCGAAUAACGCAACGACUUGAACCUACAAUAUUCCCUUAUGCGGUUGGACAAGGCGCACUCGGUAUCGAGGUUAGCACAGACAUAGACCGCCAAGACAUCCUGCAGCUUGUCCAGCAUGUCGACCAUAAGCCGUCGAGAUGGCGCGGCAUGGCAGAGAGGGCGAUGCUUCGAAGUCUCCAAGGCGGAUGUUCUUCCUCAAUUGGUGUUUGGUCUUCUUUUGAGCCGAAAGAAAAUGAUCCGGUAGACGACAAUCAAGGCUCUGAUAGCGGCAUCCUUCGUCUGCGAGCUACGGUUAUCCACAUAGAAGGAUUGUCGGAGAUUUCUUCUGAGGAUGUGGGCACUGUCCAAUGCGAUGAGGAAGCGGAAAGACUCGGCAUCUCGGUCGCGAAUAUGCUGCUCAACAAGGGGGUGCGGGAUUUAUUGCCAGAACAAUCAUAA